AUGAAUUUAGGGUCAGUUUCAUGUUCUGCUGAGACCACCGAAGUGUACACUCCUCAAGUAGCGGAUGAGUUGAAGCCUACAAAAAACCGUCAAUUUAGAACACUAGAUGAGCUUUUUGAAUUUUACAACAAGUAUGCUUUUGAAGCUGGGUUUAGUGUUCGGAGAAGUUCUACUGCCAAGAGUAAAGAUGGUUCUGAAACUAUAAGACAAGAACUUUGUUGUCGCAAAGAAGGGCAUUCACAGAAACAUACAGCUCUGCCAAAAAAGCGGAAAGGGAUCAUAAGAACUGGUUGUCUAGCAAAGAUUGCAGCUGUGAAGAGAUGUGGCAUAUAUGUAAUCACUCAAUUUACGGAGGCUCAUAACCAUCCUUUGACAACUCCAGAGAGAGUUCAUUUGUUACCAUCUCAUCGUCAAGUUUCAAAUGCUACCAAAUGCUUAACCAUGGAACUUGGACUGGUAAAUAUUCCAACCCACCAACAAAUCAGUUUGCUUGAAGUUCAAUCGGGAGGAAUUGAGAAUAUGGGUUGCAUAGGGAAAGAUAUAUACAAUUAUGAAAGAGAUAAGCGAGAAGAGUUGAAAGGACAUGAUGGAGAUAUGUUGUAUGCUCAUUUUUUAGCACAGCGGGAGAAGAAUUCAUUUUUCAAUUUCAAGAUAGAGGAAGACAAUGAAAAUCGAAUCAAACAUUGUUUUUGGGCAGAUGCGACCUCCAGGAGGGCUUAUAGUUUCUUUGGGGAUGUAGUUAUCUUUGAUAUAACAUACAACACUAACAAAUAUCGGCUGAUAUUUGCACCACUAUUAGGGGUUAACCACCAUGGUCAGACCAUUAUGUUUGGUUGUGCAUUCUUAGGUGAUGAAUCCACAGAGUCGUUUGUUUGGCUACUCAAUACUUUCUUAGAAGAAAUGCCAGGAGGAAGUCCCCCAAAAAUGAUAAUUACUGAUCAAGAUCCUGCUAUGAAGAUUGCCAUUUCCCAAGUUUUUCCUAACACAUUCCAUAGGUAUUGCAGUUGGCACAUAUUAAAUAAGUUUUCAGAAAAGAUAGGUGCAGUGAAAUGUAAUGAAUAUUAUGAUGACUUUAGAAGUUGUGUGUGGAACUCUGAGAUGACAGAAGAAUUUGAUAAGAAGUGGAAGGAAGUUGUUGAGAAGAGUGGUUUAAGUGACAAUGGAUGGCUUCAAUCAAUUUAUGACAUUCGAGCAUCAUGGGUGCCUGCAUGUUGUAAUCACAUUUUCUCGGCCGGAAUGUCAAGUAGCCAACGUGCUGAAAGUUGUCAUUCAUUUUUCAAGAAGUAUGUUGACCACAAAAAUUCAUUACUAGACUUUGUGAUUCGCUUUAAUAGAGGACUUGUACAUCAACGUCAUCAAGAGUUAGUUUCUACCCAUAUUGAUGCAAAUGAAGAGCCUCAGAUGAAUACCCCUCAUCCUAUGGAAUCUCAAUUGUCUAGAAUUUAUACUCGUGCCUGUUUCCAACAAUUUCAAAGUGAGUUCUAUAUUAGCUUUUUCAAUUACAGGUUUCAACUUAUGAGAGAGGAUGACAAUCAAAGAUUGUAUUUGGUCAAGAAAAGAAGUGAUCAGAUUCAAAAGGAUCGGGAAAUUGUUUAUGACAAGCAUACGGACCUUGCUUCAUGUACUUGCAAAAAAUUUCAAAGUGAAGGAAUCCCCUGUAGGCACAUCUUGGGAUAUUUGCUGAAAGUUCAGGAAGUAGAUUACUUGCCUGACCAAUAUAUUUUGAAUAGAUGGACUAAAGCUGCAAAUGCUACUGUAGUUAAGGACCUUGAUGGGUUGGAGAUAACAGAUAUAAAUGCAUUGGUGGUGAAGCGUAGUAAAUUAUUUCAUCAUGCUUCACUUGUUAUUGAUAAAGUCCUUACAAGUUCUCAUGAAGCUCAGACCAUGUUUAUCGAGGCUCUUGACAAUGUUCUUGAUAAGCUUAAACAAAUGCAAGUCAAUAGUAGUGAAAGUGCAAGUAUCGGUAAGAAGUUGCCAAGUGAUGUUCAACAUAGGUAUAAUGAGCCAAAGAUUAUCAAAACAAAGGGUUCUGGAAAAAGGCUUAAGAAGUCAAAGGAGAAGACAGAGAGAAAGAGAAGUAGUACAAGGAAAUGUCAUGGAUGUGGUUUGUAUGGGCAAUUACAUGAUAAACGGAAUUGUCCGGCGCUUAAUAUGCCUAACGAGAGUUUUGUUCUUGACAAAUAUGCGGACAAGGAUGAAGAUGAUCACAAGCCAAUAUCAACUGAUGAAGAUGAGGACCCCAUUUCCUUCGAUGAAGAUGAUGACAAUUAA